CCACGGAUCACCUGCGUCUGGGUUCCGUACCGAAUCGACCUGAGUCUGGGUUGCCGUUGUUCUGUGCUGUGUGGGAUUUCGCCGCACCUCUUGAGAGGUAAUUGGUGUCGCAGACCUGGAACCCACGCCGGCGUGGACUAGAACUGCGUUUACACCUGGCAUCCACGAUUUUUCUGCUACCGCCUGUGUCCACACUCCAGGCUCACUUCAGACCCAAAUAUCCGUACGUGGUCAGCUUUGUGCUUGCUAGUCCAACCUGGGUCUUUAAGAGUCUUCACUCUGAUUGCUUAUCCAAAAGUUAUAAAGUUCUGAACUCUCAAAAUGGAGAAGGAGGUUCUUAAAAGUUUUUCAAUGUACCACCGUCCCCCAAACAAAAUACUAGAAGGAUCGAUGAGGAGAGAAAAUUGUCUUUGUAUUGAUAGAGAAAAAAGUCACCGAGUGAAGGUUACAGCAGGACCCUGGACUAAGCGCUAGUACGAAUAAGAAGUUAGUGUUCUGAGUUAUAUUCUUUGUCCUUCUGGCUUCCUUGCAGCUCCCAAAAGAUGCUGGUACUGGUCUUGACAUCCAAACUGCAGGACCCACUAGCGAAUGCCACCUUAAGAGAAAUUCCAGCCCUCAUCUUCUGUUAAACAAAAAGACUCCGAAGGACAUAGCACUCCAAACAUGAGUGGAGAAACCAAAGAAGCUACUCCAAUUUUACCUGGAAACCCAGACAGGAGAGCUCCUCCAGGCCCCAGCACCAUGCGUCAUUGCCUAUGGAAAUAUAUCAUAGUUGUUGGGUCCUUAAUCUUCCUGAGCUUCUUCCUCCAAGAGAAUAAUGAAGGGCAUCUUACAUAUAACUUAUCAUUGCAGGAGGAAAAGAAGAAAAUACUGUGGCAGCUCAAUCAGGACCAAAUGAUCUCUGAGAGCAGAAACCAUCUAGAGAACUUCAAGGACAUGCAGAAAGCCUCCCCUUUACUCCAACAGGCCAAGUACAAAUUGCUGGCUGGAUCCCCUCCCCAGGAAAAGAAACUGCUGACCAUAGGGAUUUCCUCAGAGCAACACCCUAACGGGAGCUACCUCUUGGACACUCUGCGGUCCCUGUUCCAAGCUUCCUCAGAACACGAGCUGAAUUGUAUUGUGGUGCUGGUCCACCUGUCAGAUCCCGACCCCGAAUGGCUCAGACGAACAGUUGCCAAUAUUUCAGACCUCUUCAAACCACAUAUUGAGGCCCAGAAGCUGCUCGUGAUCCACGGUCGUCUCGGUGACUCUCCUCUCCCAGGAGAUCGGAAUAAUGUUAGUCGUACCUCACGCUGUGAAGCGCAUUAUUCCAGGCAGAAAGUCCAUUAUGCCCUCCUCAUGAACUUGGCUAUCAACCUCUCUGAAUACUUUCUGAUGAUGGAAGAUUAUGUUUACUGCACUUCCAAAUUUAUUUCUACCAUCUAUUGGGCAUUAUCAGCCUGGAAAGAACUACCUUGGGCGAUCCUGGAGUUCUCCAGCCUAAGCCUCUCUGGGAAAGUUUUCCACACCAGUGACCUCUCCCGCCUGGCCUCUCUCUUUCUCCUUUUCCAUAAGGAUAUUCCCAUUUACUUGUUUCUCUCUGAAUUCCGCCUUCUCUUGGCCCAGAAUGUUCCAAUUCGUUUCAGUCCCUCAGUCUUCUUCCACAUAGGCAAGUAUCCUGCGUUUGAGGACACAUGCUUUCCUGUGGAGAAGGAGAAGGUGUUUGGUGAACCAGACAACCCCGUUGCCAGCGUCCUCACUGACAUGAUGGCAGAAAUGAAUGGUAUUCCACAAUAUGCUUAUACUCUGAACAAAGAGUGCUACUCUACUCUCAAUCCUGUAAGAGGCAACUACCUGACAGUGAUUUUGGAGAAGCCACAAAAAGUCAUCCGGAUAGAGGUCCUGACAGGUUCUGACAAAAAAGGGCUGUAUUGGCUACAGCAGGGGCAAGUGGAGCUGGGCUAUGAUCCCUUGGAGAAUUCCAGAGGCUGCACCCGCUAUACCCUUCUAGGUCCACUGGUGGAAGGAAAUUUAGACCAGAGGGUAUUUUAUGAAGAAGAUUCUGUGGAGGAGUUGAGUUGUAUACGACUGCUUGUGCUAGCCUCUCAAGAGUCUUGGCUCCUGAUCAGGCAGAUCAAAGUCUGGACUCAGCAUGAGGAAGAAGAGAGUUAUUACAGUGGGAAUUCUGGAAAGGUGGGGUUUGGGAAUGGAAUCAACAUGGCCGACCAGAAAUAAAGCCGAAAUUGAUCAAGGCCUGCUCCUUCA